AUGUCUGCUGCAGAGCCGCGAGUCCUGAUAAGGGAACCAUUGCCGGCCAGUGAGGCAAAAUGGACCAAGCUAGUCAAGGUGACCUAUGAGGACGGCCUAAGAACCAGACGCGUCUGGGAAUCUGCCGAACGCACCACUCGGCCUCUAGGCAGCGACAUUGACGGUGUCGACAUCAUCGCCAUCGUAAAGGGUGGCACUGACGCCGACGAGUCGCUCAUCGUCCUCGAGAAGCAGUUCCGCCCUCCCGUCGGCCGCACCGUCAUCGAGCUGCCGGCCGGCUUCGUUGACGAGGGCGAGACGGCUGAAGAGGCUGCUGUGCGUGAGCUGCGAGAAGAGACUGGCCUUGUCGGUGUCCCCAUUGCCGCCAAUGCCGCUGUCUUCACCAUGUUUGCCGACCCCGGCUUUGGAAAUAACGAUUUGCGCAUCGUCCAUCUGGCUGUCGACAGCCGUCUUCCCGAGAACCGAAAUCCCCAUCCCGCUCUAGAAGACGGUGAGCUCGUCCAGGAUGUCUUCUGUGUGCCGCUCGACCGACUGCACGACGUCUGCCAGAACCUCGCCGCCGAGGCCCUGGAGAUGUCCAAGCGCCUCCUGCCAAGGCUGUCUGUAUAA